CUCACUAGACAUCUCACAUCUCCAGGCCGCAGUCGUUUUGUUUACGUCGAACACAUAACCCCAACAACAAAAGAGAAAUUUAUAUUUAGUGGUGUUGUUGAAACCCGAAACCAAUAUACACUGUGUCUUUAAACCCCUUUUUUCUCAGCAGUUUUAAAAGUAAUUUCGUCAUUGUUCAAAGUUUACAAUGGCUGUAUAUAACGACGAGAAACUGCGGGCUAUGGAGGAUGAAAUGAACAGAUUUGAGGAGGAAAUCGGUCUUCCCAUCUUGCCACCACCACCACCACCCCAUCUCCCUGCAGUAAUCGGUGCAAAUACCUAUCAUACUGUUCAAAGACGACUGGAGGAACAGCAGCAUGUCCCUGGCAUGCCAGUACCCAUGGGUGGAUACCCACCUGUAGUUGGCAUUCCCCCACCUCCACCUCCACCUCCAGUUUUAAUACCUCAACAAGUUAGAGCACGGCCACCAAUUCGCCACCCUAUGCGACCAAUGGGAAUUGGACAGCCAAGCUAUCAAUCAGCACCUUAUGGGAUGAUGUCACUCCCACCUGCUCCGUCCAUGCAACCAGUGCCAUCUGUUGUCAGCGCCACCCCUAUGAUGUAUGCUCCUCAAGUAAGUGAGCCUCAAAUUCCAAUGAACAUGAUGGACCAGGGUGUAUAUAAUUCAUCCGAUGUGUCCAGUAUUCCCCCUGCAGCUUUGGCUCAGGAGAGUAUUCCCUCUGUGCCCAUAGUGGACCCUAGCGUGGAAAGACGAAUUAAGCCAAAGCCAAGAGAAAUUCCUAUAUUACCUCCACCUCCUAUGCCCCUAAUGGAUGACAUAGGACCAUCCAAGAAAAAGAAAAAUAAGAAAAUUGUGCGACAAGCUGGUGGCCAGUCAUGGGAAGAUGCGUCAUUAUUAGAGUGGGAAGAAGAUGACUUUAGAUUAUUUUGUGGUGAUUUGGGCAAUGAUGUAACUGAUGAAAUUCUCAUUCGAACUUUUAGUAAAUAUCCAUCCUUUUUGAAAGCUAAAGUCGUGCGAGAUAAACGGACAAAUAAAACAAAAGGUUUUGGCUUUGUCAGUUUCAAAGAUCCUCAAGAUUUUACCAGGGCAAUGAAGGAAAUGAAUGGGAGAUAUGUUGGAAGUAGACCAAUAAAGUUACGUAAAAGUUCUUGGAGAAAUAGAUCAGCAGAAGUCGUUCGGAAGAAAGAGAAAGAAAAGGCUGCACUUAUUGGCCUUCUGACUGGAAAAUAAGAGUCCCUGUUUGUAAAAUUACCCAUUUUGACUUUUCAACAUAAUGAAAUAGCUGUUAGUUUUCUUUGCUCCAUAAUUUUUUGUUUGAAUUGUACCUGAAAUCACUAUUAAACCUUGGUCUAAAUUGUGUAGAUAUGUUUACAUUGAUCUUUUAACAAUGUAUUGGUGUUUGAAAGCUUUAUGUCAGAGAUUGUAACAGAAAGAAAGCAAUAAAUUAGUCAAGAGUUUCAUGAGCUCCA